GGAACCUGCGGCACUGUCCGGCGCCUCUUCGAAGCCCUUGGCAAUGUGCUUCAUACUGCACACGCACACUUUGUUUGUGAAAACACACGUGACACAGGUGCCCCCCAGAGCCAGACUCAGUGAGUGAGCGUGUGCUUCUCUCUCGCUGACGCUGUCCAGAGCCUCUGUGUGUCCCGGGGUUAAGUGAUCGGCAUGGAUGAUGGUAGGAAUCACUUGUCAUCCGCGGAGAGCGUGGAUCGCACCUUAGCAGAGCUCGGAGAUGAGUUUUCUCUGGGGGAUAUUGAUGAAAUGCUGCAAUUUGUCAGCAGCCAAGCAGGAGAUUUUCCAGCCAUGUUUGAGGAUCACUGCCCUGGCGGGUCCCUUCGGAAUGGUGGAGCGGACGCCGAAGCCCCAAGUCCCGCUGUUCUCCAGUCCACCUUCCCCGUCCCCAGGCCGCAGUGCCUCCUCAUCUCGCCUCCCCAGACACCUGUCCGGGCUGUACCUGCAAAACACCCCAAGCCCCGCCCCCCUGCCAUGCUUCAGCCACGGCCUCAGCCCAUCCUGCCCGUUCAGCCGCAGCAGAUCAAGACCAUCCCUCUCCAGAGCCACGGCGUCCCGGUUCAAACCCAGAGCUUUCCCGUUCAGACGCAGCCCUUGUCGGUUCACGCCCAGGCGCAAGCCCAGACCAUGAUGUUUGCUUCCAGCCUGAGCCGUGGCUCCCAGGCCCACUUUAUACAGAACUCUGUCUUGUACCAUCAGAGCCCCAGCGCUGGCUUUCAAGUUCUCCAACCACAGGUUCAGAACAUUGUGACAACGCCACCGGUCCAACCAAUCGCCUUCCAGCAUCACGGGGUCCUGGCGCAAGCUCCGCCCACAAUACAAACAGUGACCCAACCAGUGCAGCAGGUCUUGCUGCACCAGCCCCAGAUAAUAAAAACGGAUCCUCUGGUCCUGACGGCUUUGAAACCCGAUGGGACGCAGGUUUUGUCCACUGUGCAGAACCCACCUGGUAUCACCACCCUGACCACGCCCAUUCACACCACUGCCCUGCAGGUUCCAACUCUGGUGGGUGGCAACAUUCUUACCACACUACCAGUCGUGGUGGGAGACGGGGACAAGGUGCCAGUCCAGCAUCUACCAUCAGUAACCUGUCAUAGCGGGGGGGUUGUCGUGUCAGGACAAGACCACGGAGGUGGGCUGGUGGUCAUGAAGGAGGGCGAGAGAAGAUCCUCCCACAACGUCAUUGAGAAGAGGUACCGUUCGUCGAUCAACGACAAAAUCGUGGAGCUUAGAGACCUGGUUAUGGGAAAUGAUGCCAAGAUCCACAAGUCCGGAGUGCUGCGGAAGGCCAUCGACCACAUUAAGCACCUGCAGCGGGCCAACCGUAAAUUGCGCCAAGAGAAUCUGGUUCUCAAGAUGGCCAAAUGGAAGAACAAGUCUGUACAUCUGAUUAAAGACAUGGAAACAAAACCAGAGGGGUUCCUGAUGUCUCCUCCAGCCUCCGACUCGGGUUCGAGCCCCCCGCACCAGUUCCACCCCUACUGCGUGGACUCUGAGCCAGAGAGCCCCCUGCUAAAGGGUGAGCUGACGCGGGGUGAUCCAGACUCUCUCUCCUCAUCCCUGGGAGUGAUGGACCGUUCGCGCCUGCUCCUCUGUGCCUUCACCUUCCUCUGCCUCUCGCUCAAUCCCAUCCCCUCGCUCCUGGGGCUUGGGGAGCAGGGUGCGAUAGCCUGGCCCUCGCUAGAUGGUGGUCACGGGCCCUCCAGAACUGUACUUGGCCUGCAUAUUCGAACCCAGAGCUUUGCUGCCUGGCUCUGGCACCUGCUGCCGUGGGUGUGUAUGUGGCUGCUGAGCGGCGUUGGGGCCGUGUGCGGCUGUGUCCACGUGCUCUACCUCUGGGAACCCGUCACCCCGCUGCAUUCGCCAAAGUCUGUCUGCUUCUGGAGACACCGCAAGCAGGCUGACCUUCACCUGUACAGAGCUGACUACGCGGCUGCGGACGCCAGCUUACAGACAUGCCUGUCGCUGCUCUCCAGGGCUCUUCCAGCCACCUGUGUUGACCUGGCAUGCUCUCUGUGCUGGAACCUGAUUCGGUACUGCCUGUUCUGGCCUGCCCCCCUGCGCUGGCUCGUUCGCCGCACCGGCGGGAGGCAGGAAUGGGAGCAGUCGCAGACCAGCUCCCGUGACGCGGCCCUGGUGUAUCACAGAUUGAGCCAAUUCCAGCUCACAGGCAAGCUCCCGAAGCGCAGCUCCCUGUGGGGUCUCUCCGUGUCCCUCAGCGCAGUGAACCUCAGCGAGAGUGCCCAGGGGAAGGUGUCUCGCAGCGAGCAGGUUGAGAUCUACGUGACCGCGGCUCUUGCACUCAGGGUUGUGCUGGGACACCACCUCUCCUUUUUGCCGGGUUACCUGCUAAGCUGUGCGCACAAUGUGGCCUGCCUCUGCAACUCCAGACCACUCCCUGACUGGCUGCGCUGGCUCUUCAUGCCUUUGGGACAGGAGUUCUUUCUGCACUGUGACUGGUCUGUGAAGUCAGCUAACCUGGAGGAGAUGUACACUUCUCAGAGAGACCCAGCGAACCCCAUCGUCCAGCUACACCGGCGUUUCUGUGAGAAGCUGCUGGAGAGGGCAGUGCAGUCGCUCUGCAGACCCCUCCGUGAGGCCAAAGCAGCUGCCGAUGCGCGGCGCUACAGUACCGGGGAAACCUCUGGCGCUCUGGAAUUCCUACAGCUGUUGAACAGCUGCACAGCAGAAACACCAGCAAACACUCCUUCCUUCCCCUCUUCUCUCACCCCAGCAAUAGUGGGUGACCCUGUGUGCCAGUGGUGGACGCUGGUCCUGAAGGCAGUCAUCCUUUGGCUGCAGGGUGAUGACGAUGCUGCCGUGAUGCUGCUGCUCACCGAUGCAGAGCGAAUGCCAAGAGCCCUGAACACGCUUGGCCACCCUCUGCCCAAGGCCAUGUAUCAGCUGUGCAAGGCGGUGCAGCUCAGUCUGUCUACACAGAAGAAUGAGGCAACACUUGAGUGUUUGUCCCGCUGUGACCGGGCCAGCAGAUAUCUGCAUACCAGCAUUUCAGUGCACAGACCUAGGGCUGGCAGCUUACUCAGCAAGGGGGUGGAGUUCCUGGCAUGUGACUCCUUGCUGACUCUCAGGACCAUGAUGUGGCAGCGAGGCAAUGGCCCCUGGGGUGAGAUGGGCCAUGCGUCCGGCUCACAGCUGGCUGGCUUUCAGGGGGACCUCAGCUCCCUUCGGAGACUGGGUCAGAGCUACAAGACAGCUCAAGAUAAGCUGUUCCUGCACAAGACCACAGUGAGGAUAAUGGCAGGGGCUUCUCCUACCCGUACUCACCAGAUGUUAGAGCACGCUCUGAGACGUCAGACUCAAAACCAUUCCAAGGCUGAUGGAGCACUGGGAGAGCGGGAGAGGGCCCAUGCUAUCUUGCUGGCCUGCCGCCACCUACCCCUGCCCCUGUUAAUUCCUCCAGGGCAGUGCAUGCUCUUGCUGGCUGAGGCCCGGCAUAUGCUUGAGCGUGUGGGUGACCGGCGCUCGCUGCAGGACUGCCAGCAGAUCCUACUACGGCUAGGAGGAGGCACCAGCAUCGCUGCCUCCUGAGGAGGCCCACUCACUGUGUCCACAUGCUCAAUCACACCCUCAAAAGCCCCCUUUUAUCACUAACCCUGCGCAUAGUCCUGUGAACUUGCAAGCGUGUCUGUACAUGCCAAAUAUUAGGUGUGGUGGGGGAUAGGGUGGGGAGUGCGGAUGUUGGGUGCCCACCAAAAGUCAUUCUUCUGAGGACUUCUGAAGAGUUUUCUUAAGACUCUUGAGUUGCACUGACCAAACAUGGCUCGGACUACCACAUCUGACUCUUGGAUGUUAUGACCAUCAGAACAUUUUUUCAUAAAAUUUUGAAUGAGGUGACCAGGUGUGAUGCAGUACAGCUCCUUGGCAACAAUCCAUACAGAACUACUAAUUUUGGUUGAAGCAAUGUGCAAAUGCAAUAACUUGUUUCACUGAUUUGUAUCGUAUACUGUGUACCACACAAUGCAUUACAUACUGUAGACAGAUCUUUCUAGCCCAACAUGUUUCAUUUUAUGUAAUUCUACAUGUCAAACUUGUGUAUACUGGAGGAAUAUUCGACUGUAAAGCUGAACUUUAACGUAAGGCCUUCCAAUUUGCAAUCACAGAACAGUGAAAGAGCCAAGAGUGCAAAAGCACAUCUAGAUUAAACUUUUUUCUACUUUGGCCUUAGUCUUAGUUGUGCUCUUUUAGAGGAGAUACCAAGACUCACUGAUAGCCUCUGAAUCCACACUCAACUAAAGGGUGUUUAGGGUUAUGAUGUAUAAAGUGGAAUACUUAUAUAUUGUGAAGAGGGAGCAAUAAUACUUUAGUAGAAUCUUUUAUUAUUACCAUAAUCAUGAAGAAUACCAAGAGAAAUUAUUCUGAUUUGUUGUCCUUUUUAUUGGGUUGGUAUGAGACAAGCUUUGAACUUGAUCUCGGUUGAGAAAUAAAUGGAUUUUUCUAUAAUACAA